UCAUCACUUUAAGAAGUAACACAUAAAAUUAUUCAAAUAACAAAGUUGGUUAGCUGAGCUUUCAGCUUUCGACCUUCAACCCAGCUUUUCAACAAACCGGAAUAAAAAAAACACAAAACAACCGUUUUUAACAGCCGUGACUUGAGUACCCGUGAAGCUGCCUCAAAACAGAAGAAAAAACUUUAAAAACCUUCAAGAAUUUGUUGUUGUUGCUUCUCUUAGCAACCGCCAAAGUUGUAAACUUUUGGGGUUUCGAUUUCAAUUGUUUCAAAAACCCUCAAAAAUUAUAGCUUUUUUUUGGGUUUUUGAUCGAGUGAAAGAGGGGGGAAAAUGGGUUCUGAAACAAUUGAGAACUUGGGUUACUCACUAUUAAAAGAUCUAUGCUUGGAAAUUGGCGAAAAUGAGACUUGUUUCACUCUCUGUUUCUGGGUUUAUCUUUCCAAUUCUACUCCAUUUCCUUCCACAAUUCUUCAUCAGUCGCACUCUGGAAAGCCUUUUCUUGCUUUGAGUGAAGACAAAAGGCUAAUGCUUUCGCCUUGUGUUUUGACGCAUAAUGAAUCUUCUGAUUCAGGGGGCUUUGUAUCUUUGGAAAAAGUUCCUCGUGCUAUUUCAAACGUGGAGUUUCCUCUAGGACAAUGGGCACAUAUUGGCUGUCAGGUCUAUAGCAACAGUAUACGCAUUUAUCUUGAUGGAGAACUUGUGGGAGAAAGUCCUUUGGGUUCAUCUAUGACGAAACAAGGCGACUCUCAAUGUUUCACAAAGGUGACUUUGUCUGCUAUGUGCAAAGGAUUUGAAGGCCUUCAUGGCUAUGUCCACAAUGCAAUUGUUUUGCCUUCUACAUCGUCUAUUAAGGAUCAUCAUGUUAAGGAUCCUCCUCUGUGGCUUUCUAUCGACAGUUCAUCUGCUUCUGAGAUCGAACUGGAAAGUGAUGGCGUUUGGAAAAUUGUUGGCGGCAAGGCAUCAUAUCGCAAAAUGUUUUCGUUGGAUGUCUUACUAUUGGAUGCCCUCGGGGAGCACGUUCACAAGGAAUUGGAGGUUGUUGCAUCACUUAUAUAUGCUGAGAAUCAAGCUGCUGUUGAGAAAUUAAAAGAUGAUGAAGCUCCCCUAUUGACAACUUGCAACGGACUUGAGUUUCCAUCUGAUGAUAAACCUAGCAAAUUAUUGCAAGGGCGUGCAUCUUUCCAAUUAAACAUAUCUCGGCUGUCAUCCGAAUGUGCUGAUAAACUGUUCCAUGUUAAGUUUCAUGUCCUGAAAAUGAAAAGUUUUCCUUUUUUCGAGGCGCUUACUCCACCAAUUCGAUGCAUCUUAAAAACAUGUGAUAACAAGAUAUCUACUAUUACAUGGAAAAAGUUACCGUCGGGUGUUCAUCUCUUUAAUGGAUCCAGCUUUCCUCAAUUCGGUGUUGGGCUUUCAGAGCUACAGCAAAAGGCCGUAUGCGAAGCAAUACCAAGUCCUCCUUCAAAGAAAAAGAAAUUAGGACGAGAUACUCCAUUACCAGUCAUUAAAGCUGCUUCUUAUGCGCAAAGACCUGAUGAAGAAUGCAGUUCACAUGCCUUAUCUGCAACAAAGGUGCAAAAUGCUGUUGGGACUAGUUUGGAGUGUAUACAAGAAAACUAUGGUGGAUCAGAUAACUCUGCAUCAGAUACAGAAAGUGUUGGCGCAAAAAAAUCAGAGUUGAAGAACAUUCCUUGCAAGAGAGAACUCAUUUCAGAUUUGACAAUUUUCAGAUAUUGCCUUGGUGGCUUAUCUGAAAGAUCACUUAUGCUUAAGGAGAUCUCUUUGUAUUCUUCGGAGCAAGAGAUGGCAGAAAUGGCAGAAAAAGUAUCAUUCUUCUCUGGAUGCUCUCACCAUAGGCACCAGAUUAUGAUAGCGAAAAAACUGUUCGAGGAAGGAGAAAAAGCCUGGAAUUCGAUUUCGCAAAAUAGUAAUCGAGUUCAUUGGGAUAAUGUUGUUUUUGAGAUAGAAGAGCAAUUCAUGAAGAUUGCUAGCUGCAGCAUGAGAUCCCUCACUCAACAGGACUUGAAUUUUUUGAGGAGCAUUUCUGGAGGCCAUGAAUAUAUAAUCAAGGAUGAUUUUGAUAAGAUGUGGCGUUGGUUGUAUCCUGUCGCAUUUACCAUAUCAAGACAGGGAAUCAAUGCAUUAUGGACUUCUACAUCACCUAAGUGGAUUGAGGGAUUUGUUACAAAGGAGGAAAUAGAAUAUGCUCUUCAGAGUCCGCUGGGAAUUCAAGAGCCUGGAACAUUUAUCUUGCGCUUUCCGACAACGAGAAGUUGGCCUCAUCCAGAUGCUGGUAGUUUAGUUGCAUCCUAUGUUGGCAGAGAUUUCUCUUUGCAUCAUAGACAGUUAUCUUUGAAUUACAGUUCUGACAUUUUUGAUACGAAUCAAAAGCCACUUCAGGAAUUGCUUUUGUCUGAACCAGAGCUUUCUCGAGUGGGAAGGAUAACAAGGAGUAAUUUGGCUAUUUAAUUUGCUGUUAUAUUUUUGUAUAUAUUUUCCAGCUUUGAAGACAUUCCAUUGAAUUGGCAGAAGCUGAUUGUGAUUCAGCCAACUGACAUCUGAGUUUCUGUUUCUGUACGGAACCUGCUCCCUUCCCGUAUUGGACCUCACAGUUGCCAUUGGGAGAAACACAAUGAACCAACCCCAGAGCAUCUCAAUCAGCCAAACAAAACAACUCCAAUUCUGCAGAUACGAUUCAAGCUAUUCAUGUCACAGAUACGAGUUCCAAGCAUAGGAGGAGUUUCUUUAUACUUUCAAAUCCAUUGCGCUUGAAAGAUUAAGCAACAAAUGUUUCAAUCUCUCAGAGUUAUGGUUUCAAGUUACAGUUCAAAUUUAGUUGAUCGAUGUUGACACAAAGCAGAGAGACCAGAGACGGCUAACAAAAGAAAUUGCAGCUGUCAGAUAUCUAAAACACUUAAAUGAUCCUGUGAUAUCAUUGUAAAGUUUGUUUUUCUUUUUUCUUUUAUGGGUAGUGGUGGCGGUGUCAAGCUUGAGGCAGCAAUUCUUGCUAUUAUCUUGCUACGUUUAUUGGUAGUUCGAAGAUGUAAUCCGGCGUUUAGAUAACAGGAGAGAAAGCAUGACAUCUAUCCAUAUUACAUACUUUCUACAGUAA